ACAACACCCACGUCAAGUCAUCGACCGGCGCCUUACCCCGCACUCCACCACCACCAACCACUCUGAGUCUUCAAAGCUGCAACCGAAUUCAAGGGUUCCGGUGAUCGGAUUCUCGUCUCCGUUUCCACUUCGGCAAUCAUCAUGAACUGCGAAGUUUGCCAUCUCAAAGAACUGGAAGUGGAGCACUUCCAGAUACGCGAGGUUUUACGCUGCAUUUUGCAUACGAUUGUGUUUCAUCGUGCUCUUGGUCUGGUUCGGCCCAAAGAUGUUGAGUUGGGACUUUUUGAUAUCACAUAUGUGCAAUGUGGGGAUGUUGAACUUGAAAAGAAAAUAGAUGAGAAGAUUGGUCAUUUCAUAAGCUGGGUUGAGAAACACCCAAACAAGAAAAGUCAGAUUUGCUUGUCCUUCUAUGAGGUGAAAAACAAACAAGCAUCAUGGUUCACUAACAAAACUGAACGUCUGUAUUGGGAAGAGUGGUAUAUCAAUUUGAAUGUGACUCAACACCCCAGGGCACAUUUGGGCAAGUCUCAUCAUUCAAAAAAAGUGGUAGACCCUGGAGAGAGUGAGUCCGAGGAAAGAACUGUUCGCAGAGCAGCACUUGAAGCAUCUAUCCAGGAGGUGAUGUUUCAAAUUAUAAAAUUUGUCAAUGAGAAGAAGGAUCAUGUUCCAUCCAUAUCUGAGAGCAUCAUCUAUUUUCCCUAUGAAAUUAGUAUCCCAAGUUCAUCAGAUUCUACUUUUGGGAUGGAUAUAUUCAAGAGGAUGCUCCAGACUGGGCAUCCAACCAUGCUCAGCUGAUAUCAGACUUGGCCAGCCAAAUCACAUUGCUCCUAAAUCUCCUAUAUGAUGAAAAGGUUCCUCUACAUGUCAUGUUCUGGAAUGUGCAUAAAAGUUUGCGUCAUACAGCCCAUGUAUCUUAGGAAAAUGGAUAAGUGGACUGAGAAAAGUAUUAUUAUGAUCCUGUGGCUGGUCUCUUUACUAUUUUUUGUUAUGUUGCCCUGCUAUUAGGUAAAGAAAAGUAUUCACUAGAGCUUUGGCAUGAUGCAGAAGAAAGCUGCAUCGAUUGCCAAAGAUAUGAUUUCAAACUGCAUGGCUAGCUGAAUUUUAUUUGUAAAUAUAUUAUAUAUAGAGAACGUUUGUUUUAUAAUCUGGACUGCACCAGACUGUAAAUCAUGGACCAUUGGAUGAGGGGAGACUCCCAAUAUUAAGGAGUCCAUCCCCAUCCAAUGGUUAGAGUAGUGUAGUCCGGCAUAUGCUAGAUUG